CGGAGUUUUGCUGUAACAUUUUAGGUGUUACACUGUCAGUCUGUCACUACACAAAUAAAGUGUUGUUGACAGACGCCUUUUUCACCAUCGUCGUGCUUCCUUCUUUUACCUGCAGAUGUGCUUCAAUAGCCGCGUGCUCGGACAAUUUCACUGUCAAAGAAGCAGUCGGACAAGGAUAGGAUACUGACAUAUGAGGCUGAUGUAUUUUGCUGGCGAGGAGACUUCAGUCCUCAGGAGAUAUAUAGCACCUCCACUCAGCCUCCAAAGAAGUCCCUUCACCCUGCAUCCAGGGGCAUGCCUCCUGAACGUAGCCUCAGCAGGGAGAUGCUGACAGGACAGAGACUCUGCCAAUCCAAAUCACAUCAGGACUCAGUCCUGUCUGCCCUCAACCAGCAGAGAAAAGAUGGUCUUCUUUGUGACGUCACUUUGGUGGCCGGGGAUCAAAAGUUCCAUGCUCACAAAGCCAUCCUGGCAGCAUGCAGUGAUUACUUCCGGGCUAUGUUCAGCUUGUGCAUGGUGGAGAGUGUGGCUGAUGAAGUGACUCUGCAAGGAGUGACCAGUGUUGGACUGAAACACGCCUUGGACUUUGCCUACACCGGACAGAUUGUGCUGGAACCAGCGGUGAUCCAGGAUGUGUUGUCUGCUGGCAGCCACCUUCAGCUGCUGGAGCUCCUAAGCAUCUGCUCCCACUACCUCAUCCAGGAAUUGAGCAGCGUCAACUACUUGGAGUUGUACCGUGUGGCCGACCUCUUCCACCUUCCUUCUUUGGAGGAGGCUGUGGUGGACUUUUUGGUGGGUCACCUGUCUGAGCUGAGCCAGACAAGGCAGGAGGAGGCCCUGCAGCUGCCGUUCCACCUUCUCAAGGAGGUCCUCAAGAGUGACCGUCUCACCUCGCUGAGUGAAGAAGAGAUAUGGAAGUUUGUCGUCAUGUGGUUGGAACAUGACUGUCGCUACCAGUACACCGCGGAUCUUCUGCAACAUGUCCGCUAUGGCCUGAUGGACGUCUCAACCUUGCACCACCUAGCCUGUAGCCAUCCCCUGGUGCAGUCCAGUUCCACUGUUGCUGCUUUGGUAGAUGAAGCCCUGGACUAUCAUCACAGCACCUUUUCACAGCCCCUUCACCAGUCAGCUCGCACCAGGCCUCGCUUCCAAUCCCUCACUCUCUAUAUAGCCGGGGGAAGAAAACGUGAGGUGUGCAGAGUCCGAGAGCUGCGUUAUUUCAAUCCGGCUGCACAGGAGCACGUGCGUGUGGCGGGAGCCUCCAAUUGGAGCGAGUUGGCACCAAUGCCCACCGGGCGCAGCCACCAUUGUGUGUCUGUAAUGGGGAACUUCCUCUUUGUUGUGGGCGGCGAGAUGGAGCACACCAGUGGGAGGACGUGUGCAGUUAGGACUGCUUGUCGAUAUGACCCCAGGGCAAACCGUUGGACUGAGAUCGCCUCCAUGAAGGCCUGCAGAGAACAUUUUGUACUGGGAGCUUUGGGUCAGUACCUGUAUGCAGUGGGUGGCAGGAACGAGCUGAGGCAGGUGCUUCCCUCAGUAGAGCGCUACUGUCCCAAGAAGAAUAAGUGGAUGUAUGUGCAACCCUUUGACCGAUCGCUUUCAUGCCACGCAGGCUGUGUGGCUGAAAACCUGCUCUGGGUCUCAGGUGGGGUGACAAACACAGCUCAAUACCAGAAUCGCCUGAUGGUAUACGAGCCAGAACAGGACCAGUGGUUAGCACGCAGUCCAAUGUUGCAGAGGCGCGUCUACCACGUGAUGGCAGCGGUGAGAAGGAAGCUUUACGUGCUCGGAGGGAAUGACCUGGACUACAAUAACGACCGGGUUCUGGUUCGCCACAUCGAUUCAUACAGCCUGGAUGUGGACCAGUGGACGCGCUGCUCCUUCAGCCUCCUCACAGGUCAGAAUGAGUCUGGAGUGGCGGUCCAUGAUGAUAGGAUCUAUGUGGUUGGAGGGUACUCCAUUUGGACCAAUGAGCCUCUGGCAUGUAUUCAGGUGCUUGAUCUGAGUCGAGAGGGAAAAGAGGAGGUUUUCUACGGGCCAACGUUGCCAUUCGCCUCAAAUGGAAUAGCAACUUGUUUCUUACCUGCUCCAUAUUUCACAUGCCCCAACCUUCAGACACUCCAAGUACCCCAUCACAGGAUUGGUACGCUUUAAACCAUUCGUGAAUUGUAUGUCAAGAUGCAAACAGAACUGAGGAACAGUAAUAUAUUUGACAGUCAGUAUUUGCAAAUGUGAAUUGAAAAUAAAGUUAAUGAUAGUACUCUUGCACAUAAGAUCAACUCUCCUGACAAGACUUGCUGCUGUUCUAUGCGAAACCUGUUUCCUUGAAAUGCAAACCAGCCAUCCAAGUGUCAAAAAAGAAAGGAAAAACAAACAAAAGGCAUAAACUAGUAUUAUGCAGGGACUAAAUGCAAACCCUGGUACAUAAAUAUUUCAACCUAUACUUAAUUAUUCACUAUGUCAAUAGCAGCCAGAUCUUUUUUUAAAUUUUUUUUUUAUAUACGUUGAAUAAAUACCAUGCUAACAACCUUCUGGAAUGUCAGAGAUUCAUAACAUGUUUAAGACUUAUCGUUCAACAAUAUAUUUGCUUAGUAUUCUCAACGCACAGAUAACAAUUUACCAUGUUGAUUUUCAAAGCAGUAGGCUGUUUGAACCAAAAAUCAUUCAUUGUGGUGCUGCAGUUCCCUUGUCGGUCCCCGUCCAAGUGAAUACAGUACUGUAUGUAUAUUGACUUUUCAAAUAUAAAUAGAAAUGACUUGUAAAUGUGAUUUUUGUAUUAUUGUUCUAGCUGGAAGCUCUGUAGAAAAUGAGGGAUUAGUCUGCCUGAUCAUUGAGCAGCAAUAGAUAAGUGAACAGUAAAUUGAAGCAAUGCAUGAACUCUAUAAACACCACUGAGAGUGAAGUGUGAAGUACUUCAGCAGAAUCUCCCUGAUGUGCGAAGAAAAGAAAAGUAGUGAAGUGAAGCUGGAAAAUGACCCA